GGCGCCCUGGCUCUCCUGAGCCGCUAGUACUGCUGGCAAAACGAUGUGAAAAUCAGAUAGACAUCUAUCGAAUAAUUAACAUAUAAUGACAGGGCUUGCAACCGAUUUCCGAUUGUCAGAGGAUUCACUAUUGGCGCUGAUUUGAGCUCCACCACACCGGACAACGAGAAAGAUUGGUGUCAGAAUCUAAAACACUGGACAGCUCCUGAUGGAUGAGUAAAGAGCUUCAGACCUCUAUUUUAGGAUGAAUAUUGUGCCCACCGCCUCCAGCUGAAGCAGAAUCACCACUUCGAUUCAGACAACUGGUUAAAGCCCCACACAAUUGGCAAGAAUAAAUACAGUCACUGGAGGUCAAAUUUCCAUUUCUCUGUGAGCUCCAUUCUUCUAUUUAGCAGAAGAUGUACGGUAGUGCCCGCUCUGUUGGCAGAGGGGACGCCAACCAUAGUGGAGGAAGAGAUGGAGGUGGUACUGGUAAUCAGGGAUCUGGCCGUUCCCCUCGCCUUCCCCGUUCCCCUCGGAUGGGACACCGUCGCACCAACAGCACCGGGGGCAGUGGAGGGGGUCCUGGAGGGGCAGGAGGGAAGACACUUUCCAUGGAGAACAUCCAGUCCCUCAACGCUGCGUAUGCAACCUCAGGACCAAUGUACCUGAGUGACAAUGAGGUUGCCUUGGCAAGUGAUCACAUUCCAAAAAGUGGUGGGACAAUGACGACCAUGGGGAGACAGAGGGUGACAUAUGGGUCAAGGAGCAGCAACAGUGGAGUUGUGGCCGCUAGCACCCCCAACAUCUCCACCUCAGUGCCUGGCGGUGUUCUGCUGCCAUCAGGCAUGAUGGCAGGGGAUGCUCUAGCUUUUGGGGACCACCACAUGGCCUCUACCGUGCCCCACUCUCUAAGGCAGGCUAGAGAUAACACCAUACUGGACCUGCAGGCCCAACUGAAAGAAAUACUGCGUGAGAAUGAGAUGCUGCGGCGAGAAGUGGAAGUUAAGGAGAGCAAGCUUAGCUCCUCUAUGAAUUCUAUAAAGACCUUCUGGAGCCCAGAAUUAAAAAAGGAGCGAGCUCUCAGGAAAGAUGAGGUUUCUAAAAUCACUGUGUGGAAGGAACAGUACCGUGUGAUUCAAGAUGAAGCACAGCACCUCCAGAUGACUGUUCAGGCCCUUCAGGACGAGAUGAGGAUCCAGAGGGACCUGAACCAGCUGCUCCAGCAGGACCCCUCCAUCCAAGGCCGGGACCUGGCUCUGUCAUCCGAACCCACGGAGGAGAACUACCGGCGGCUACAGGCAGAAUACGAGAGGCAGGCCAAAGAGCUCUUCCUCCUUAGAAAGACCCUGGAGGAAAUGGAGCUGAGGAUUGACACACAGAAGCAAACCCUGGGGGCCAGAGACGAGUCCAUCAAGAAACUUCUGGAGAUGCUGCAGAGCAAAGGGCCCUCUGCAAAGGCAUCCGAGGAGGACCAGGAGCGGACCAGGAGACUGGCGGAUGCAGAGAUGCACAGGCAUCACCUUGAGAGUUUACUGGACCAGAGAGACAGAGAGAUUAAUGCACUAAGAGAGGAGCUGCACCGUCGAUACGAGGGAACCCCCGAGUCCACCAAAACAAAGGCUCUACAGACUGUCAUCGACAUGAAGGAUGCAAAAAUUAAUUCAAUGGAGCGGGGCCUCAGGGACAUGGAGGAGGAGUUGCUGAUGCUAAAAUCCAAUGGACUUCUGAGCUGUGAGGAGCGCCAGGAGGAGAUGAAGCAGAUGGAGGUUUACCGUAGCCACACGAAAUUCAUGAAGAACAAGAUGGAGCAGGUGAAACAGGACCUCUCAAGGAAGGACACAGAGAUGCUUGGUUUGCAGACCAAGCUGGAGACCCUCGCCAACCAGUUCUCAGACAGCAAGCAGCACAUUGAAGUCCUCAAGGAGUCCCUCACUGCCAAAGAGCAGCGGGCUGCCAUCCUACAGACUGAGGUGGAUGCCUUGCGCCUGCGCUUGGAAGAGAAGGAGGCAACUCUUAAUAAGAAGAGCAAGCAGAUACAGGAAAUGUCAGAAGAGAAGGGCACUCUCAACGGGGAGAUCCACGACCUGAAGGACAUGCUGGAGGUUAAAGAGCGCAAAGUGAAUGUGCUUCAGAAGAAGAUUGAAAACCUGCAGGAGCAGCUGAGGGACAAGGAGAAGCAGAUGAGCAGUCUGAGGGAGAGAGUCAAGUCUUUGCAGGCAGACACCUCCAACACUGACACCGCUCUCACCACCCUGGAGGAGUCUCUUGCAGAAAAGGAGCGCAUCAUUGAGCGCCUAAAAGAUCAGCGAGACAGAGACGACCGGGAAAAGACGGAGGAGAUCGACUCUAACAAGAAGGAGCUGAAAGAGUUGAGGGAGAAGCUGAGCUUACUGCAGGGAGACCUGUCAGACAGAGAGACGUCUCUGUUGGACCUGAAGGAGCAUGCAUCAUCUCUGGCCUCCUCUGGGCUAAAGAAAGACUCCAAACUCAAGAGUAUGGAAAUUGCCUUUGAGCAUAAGAGGGAGGAGUUGCUCAAAGUGGAGAAUCAUCUCAAGAGAGCUCAAAACGCAACGCUGGAGGCUAAGGCCAACACUGAGCUGGCUGAGCGCAUUGAGAACCUCAAACAGGAAGUGGCUCGCCACAAAGAGGAUUCUGGGAAGGCCCAAGCUGAGGUGGACCGCCUGCUGGACAUCCUUCGGGAAAUGGAGAAUGAGAAGAACGACAAGGACAAAAAGAUAAAUGAGCUGGAGGGGCAGAUGAAGGACCAGACGAAGAAGGUGGCGUCUCUGAAGCACAAGGAGCAGGAGGAGAAGAGCAGGAACGCUCGGCUGGUGGAUGAGGCCAGGAAGAGGGAGGACAACAUGUCCGAGAGCUCCCAGCAGGUGAAGGACACUCUGCGUCAGAAGUCGGAUCGCAUCGAGGAGCUGGAGGAGGCGCUGAGAGAGAGUGUUCAGAUCACCGCAGAGCGAGAGAUGGUGCUGGCUCAGGAGGAGUCUGCCAGGUCGGUCCAGGAGAGACAGAUGGAAGAGCUGCUGGGGGCCAUGGAGAAAGUGAAGCAGGAGCUGGAGUCCAUGAGGGCCAAAUUGUCCUCCACGCAGCAGUCUCUGUGUGAGAAAGAGACCCACCUCUCAACCCUGCGUGCUGAGCGCAGGAAACACCUGGAGGAGGUGCUGGAGAUGAAGUCUACAGCUUUGGGUAUUGCUGCUAUCUCUCUUAAGGGGGAGCAGCCUGGGCGCAUUGUUGUUGCCAGUCUAUGACAGAGCAGAAGCCGCCAUGAGGUAGAUCAUUUGAAAAGAAGGAAAUGCAAGCUGGGGCAGGAGCUCCAACAAGCCACUCAGAACAGAAUGAAACUGAUGGCAGAUAACUACGAGGAUGACCAUCUGAAGACUGCUCCUGACCAGACGAAUCACAAACCCUCUCCAGAUCAGGAUGAUGAGGAGGGUAUUUGGGCGUAGCCAACCUUUUACCCUCCCCCUCUCUCUCUCUCAGACAUUUUAUUCAGAAGGAUGAUACCCCCUCUCCUAGCCCUGUCCCAGAACCGCAGUAAGCUGAAGCUCUACAUCGCCCACCUGACGGACCUGUGCCAUGACCGGG